UUUAACCUCAAUAAUUUAUUUAUUUUGAAAUUUUGAAGUUUACAGUAGCUAUAAAAAAUAAUAGUGAUAUAAUACAAAUGAAGGAAGCAUCUCCACCAGUUUCAGCUAUGGCAACACCAACAAACGGUAGUGGUAAUUUAGUAGAUGAGUUUGAAGAAGCCUUUCAGCAUUGCCUGAACGUCCUAACAGAAGAUGAAGCUGUUCCUACAACAGAUAAAGAAGAAAUCAAAGUACAAGUUGAACAGACAACUUUGAGAUUCAUUGAUUUGGCUAGACAAAUGGACGCAUUUUUCUUACAGAAAAGAUUUCUUUUAUCAGCUCUCAAACCUGAGAUUGUUGUUAGAGAAGAUAUAAGUGAGUUACGUUUAGAGCUAGCAAGAAAAGAGGAACUCUUGAAGAGGCAUUAUGAUAAGAUAGCUGUCUGGCAGAAUUUAUUAGCUGACUUGAAAAGUUAUACACGAAGCCCAGCACAAAGUAGCAUUAGUACAGGAGUGAACAAUGGAGUAAUCCCACAGUCACCAAUAGGAAUGCCAAUGGAACAAGUCAUGUGUAACAUGCCUGAUAGAUUUCAGUAUGGCAGGAAUACUCAUAUAUGAUUGGAAAAGAUGGAUACUUUGCUGCUGCCAAUUAUUAGUAGAAUGAAUUCGGUGAUAACCAACCUCUCCAUUAUUCAUGCUUCCUCAAGAGAUUCAACUAUAUUUAUCGAGAAAUCAUUUUCUAUUAUAAAGUUUAUGCCAGCGGUUAUAAAACAAAGAAUUUUAGAAUGUCUAGUUUUGUAUCAUUAUAAUAAAUUUUAUGAUUAUAAA